CCCUCCCUCCCCCUCCUGCAGUCACAGGUAUCUCUCAUCUCCCAACUGUUCGACCUUCUCAUUAACGAGCCAAACAGCAGCCUCAUUCUCAAUCAUCAAUCAUCAAGUUGUCAAGAACCAGCCAUGUCUGACGUAGAGGAAGAAUACGAGGAGGAGCAGGCAGAAGAGGAACCAGAGGCAGAGGAGGAGCCAGAGCAGCAGGAAGAAGAUGAAGGCGAGCAGCAAGAGUACACAGACUAUCAAGAUCAGGGGACUCAGGAGGAAGAUCAGGGGACUCAGGAGGAAGAUCAGGGGACUCAGGAGGAAGAAGAGGAAAGGGCCAGACCCAAGCCUAUGGUCCCUCAGCUGGCCCCGCCGAAAAUUCCAGAGGGGGAUCGAGUGGACUUUGAUGAUAUCCACAGGAAGAGGAUGGAGAAGGAUCUGCUGGAGCUGCAGACGCUGAUUGAGGUCCACUUUGAGCAGCGCAAGAAGGAGGAGGAGGAGCUGAUUGCACUGAAAGGUCGCAUUGAGCAUCGGCGGUUUGAGAGGGCGGAGGUGCAGCGUGUGAGGGCAGAGAAGGAGAAAGAUCGGCAGAACAGGCUUGCGGAGGAACGCCAGCGAAAGGAGGAUGAGGAGGCCAGAAAGAAGGCAGACGAUGACGCGAAGAAGAAGAAGGUUCUGUCUAACAUGGGCACUAAUUUCGGCGGAUUCCUUGCAAAGGCAGAGUCAAAGAGAGGGAAGCGGAUGACCGGCCGGGAGAUCAAGAAGAAGACUCUAAAUGAUCGGCGCAAACCUCUUUCCUUCGAUAACAUGCGGGAGGAUGCCCUGAAGCAACGAGCGCAGGAGAUGUGGAACUGGAUCUACCAGCUGGAGUCAGAGAAGUUUGACUUCAUGGACGAGAUGAAGAAGCAGAGAUAUGAGAUUGUCGUCCUCCUCAACAGAAUUUCUCAUGCUCAGAAGUUCAAAAAGGGUCAUGGCAACAAGGGCAAGGUUGGAGGUCGUUGGAAGUAAGGGCUUCUGCUGAGCCGUGCAAUGAAGCAAGAAUGUGGUCACACGGACACAGAAGCUGCCUCCUCUGCUUCCUUAUCUUUCUUCUCCCUCCCUCCCUCCCUCUCUCUCUCUCUCUCUCUCUCUCUCUCUCUCUUUCUCUCUCUCUCUACCCCCCCUCUCCCCAUCCCACAGUCCCACCCCAACAGCAGCCAAAUGGAAAAAGAACAUUUUGACA